UUGACGUAGUCACACAUCCCGGUUGGGCGAAAUGCGCAUGCCUGAAGCGAAUAAGCCUUUUCUAUUUUUUUUAUUCUGUGCGAAAGCGACAAAUUUAAGUCGGACAAGUGUUUAAUGAUUAAGCUUUUAUUGCGUUUUUUUUGCGUCAGUCGGAGAUGUUUUACGAGAUUAACGAUUUAUCCCCGAGGACGGGAUUCAACCAGACAGGAAAGCGCAAGGUGUCGGGUUAACAGUGUUUUGCGGACUUAUAUAUAGGCAUACUCGGUUGCGUUUUCAGCCGGGAUGUUCAGUGUGCUCCCCAGAGCGGCAGGCUCUGCCCUCAGGCAGACUCGGCUGCUGUUUGCCCGCACAGAGCCCCGCGCGUCGCCGCAGCUCCGCUGCGCAGCUUCUGCGACUCCCCGCUUGCUCGAAGACUGCCUCGAGGUCAGCUACGAGGGGACGCAGUUGCGCUUCAACUACGUGUGGCUGCGGGACCACUGCCGCUCGGCGUCCUCUUACAACUCCGCCACCCACCAGAGGAGCCUGGACACCGGGAGCAUAGAGCUCACCCUGCGCCCUGAGAGCUCCGCGGUGGACCACGGUCAGCUCGUCCUCACCUGGCCGGAUGGCCACGUGUCAAAGUUCAGCCUCAGUUGGUUGGCUGAGAACAGCUAUGAAGGAAGGAAGACGGUCAUGGAGCAGCCGCGCAUCCUGUGGAACGCUAACAUCUACCAAAACGCUAGCAUAUCAGCAGCCAAAUGGGACAAGUUCAUGAGCUGCGACAGCGAGUUGAAGGAGUUCCUUCAGAACUACCUCUGGUAUGGAAUCGCCUUCGUGGACGACGUUCCGGCGACAGUGGAAGCCACUGAGGAAGUCACCAGGAGAGUCAGUCUGAUCAGAGAGACUACUUAUGGGAGAAUGUGGAGUUUUACAUCCGAUUUUUCCAGAGGCGACACUGCUUACAGUCAGCUGGCCCUGGACCGUCACACUGACACUUCUUACUUUCAGGAGCCAUGUGGAAUCCAGGUGUUUCAUUGUCUCCGACACGAAGGUACUGGCGGGAAGACGCUGCUGGUGGAUGGAUUCUAUGCUGCGGAGAAGCUCCGCCAGCGCUCCCCAGAGAACUUCGAGCUGCUGUGCCGCGUCCCCAUCAGGCACGAGUACAUUGAAAACACAAAAAAUCACAGAAACCACAUGAUGGGCAUUGGCCCCGUGCUCAACGUCUACCCUUGGAACAAUGAACUCUACAUGAUCCGAUAUAACAACUAUGACCGGUCAGUGAUGAACACGAUCCCCCACGACACCAUCCGACGAUGGUACGUAGCACAUCGAGAGCUCACCACAGAGCUACGGCGGCCGGAGAACGAGCUGUGGGUGAAACUCACUCCAGGGAAAGUGAUUUUCAUUGACAACUGGAGGGUCCUACAUGGGAGGAAAUCUUUCACCGGCUUGAGGCAGCUUUGUGGGUGUUAUCUGACCCAAGACGACGUCCUCAGUGCUGCACGCUGCUUCGGACUACGAGCCUAAACAUACAGAUUCUGUCAUUUUAGUGCCUUAAUCGUCUGCUUCUGACACAGAUUUCAUCACGUUGGAUUCGGGAGUCCCUUCAGUCCAGGAAGAUGUUCUGCAUUGCUCAUAUACAUUUUGUAUACAGAUUCAAACUGCGAUUAAAUAAAAAAAAACACUUUUGUGUCCUCUGAAGACAA